AUGGCCGACCACGAGAGGGACAUGGACGAGGCGAAUGAGGCGCUCGACCCGGAGCUUCUCUACUCCAAGGAAUACUGCAUUGGUGGUGGCAGUUUUGGCAAGGUCUACAAAGGAGUUGAUAAGCGCACCGGUCAGGCAGUCGCGAUCAAAGUUAUCGACAUCGAGAGCGCUGAGGACGAGGUGGAGGAUAUUAUCCAGGAGAUCGCCAUUCUGUCUGAGUUGCAAUCCCCAUAUGUCACCAAGUACUAUGGAUCAUAUGCAAAAGGCGCCGAGCUAUGGAUCGUGAUGGAGUUUUGCUCCGGUGGGAGCUGCGCCGACCUGAUGAAGCCAGGGCUGAUCGGAGAGGACUACAUCGCCAUCAUUGUGCGGGAGCUGUUGCAGGGAUUGGACUAUCUCCACACAGACAAGAAGCUGCACCGCGAUGUCAAGGCUGCCAACGUACUGCUCAGCAGCAACGGGCAGGUGAAGCUCGCCGACUUUGGCGUCUCGGGACAGCUCUCCGCCACCAUGACCAAGAAGAACACCUUUGUCGGUACUCCCUUCUGGAUGGCUCCGGAGGUUAUCAAACAAUCCGGAUACGACCACAAAGCUGAUAUCUGGUCCCUCGGCAUCACGGCCCUCGAACUGGCCAACGGCGAACCGCCCUACGCCGAUAUUCACCCCAUGAAGGUCCUCUUUCUUAUCCCAAAGAAUCCACCCCCGCGACUCGAAGGCAACUUCACCAAGGCUUUCAAGGAGUUUAUCGAGCUAUGCCUCCAGCGAGACCCCAAGGAGCGACCAACUGCGAAGGACCUGCUCCGGCACCCGUUUAUUAGACGAGCAAAGCGGACAACCUACCUAACCGAGCUGAUCGAGAGACAUACUCGAUGGGCGGCUACUCACAAGAAUGAUGAGGAGGAUAAUUGGGAUUCUAACCCCGGCCGAGCCCCGGCCGAGCGCGAGCGGGUAGAUGAAGACAUGUGGGACUUUGGCACCGUGAGACUUAUUGGUGAGCGUGGAGGUAUCGUCAACCGACCCAGUCUUAAUCCUUUGGACGAGAGCGCAACAAACGCACGAUCUUCGCGGCCACUGGAACCUGCUGACGACUAUGGCGAGCGGCGACGUGAGGGAAGCCCAACAAAGGUGAAGGACUUUGCGUUUGAACCAAGCGAGACUGUCAAGGCGCCGAAUCCAGGCUCUAGACAGUCCAGCCCUCAGCGCAAGGCUGUUCCACUGCAACAACCACAGUAUCAGCAGCCUAUGCCAUCUCCUACCAGAGUACCACUUCCUCAGAGCCCGAUGAAGCAGCUACCGAGAGACAACAACGAAACCCCGCGAGCACCACGGCCGAUGCCGCCCCUACCAGUGGAGCAGUCACCAGACUACGAUCGUGAACUACAAAGCCAGCUUCAGCGUGAUCUGGGUAAGCUCAACCUGAACCUCGAAGGCAAGGCGAGCCCCCAGUUGUCAUCAUCGCAAUGGCCAGUACCACCCACCCCGCCAGCACAUACAGGCGGGCCACGGCCAAUGCCCUCCAAGGUGACGCAGAUAAGCCUGCCAGAAAUACCCCCAUAUAGGGGUAGAACGCCUUCAUCACAGCAAAGUCCCUCCCCGCAACCGACAUCUUCGCAGCGACUUCCCACACAUGUGGCAGUUCCAGCAGUAGCGCAGUGCCCUCGACCACUUUCCUCCAAGGCCCAGUCACCAGCCCUCCCUGAGUUUGCGACGGCCCCAUCGUCAUUCCCUGCGCCGGGACCAGCCAACCCGAACGGCGAUUUGGAUGCCCUUCACGAUGUCAUCUUCCCCGCGUUGGAGGAGGCGCUGAAGCGACGACAGAUCAACCUUCAGCAGAUGCACGGGCCAUCACAAUACCCGGCGCAAGGGACACCUCAGCAAGAACGAGCCGAGGCGGCGCACGAAAAGGUGCGGAGAUUGGUGUACAAACUGGCAUAUGUCUGUAAGGAGAUUGAUCACUACGACAAGGCCGAGCCUGUAGGCAUGGGCCGAGAGGCCGGAAGUUUCCUUGAAGGCCUCCUCGAGGAGAUCUUGGUGAGAGUGGAGCCAUUGGACGAGGAUGAGGAAGUCCAAGCUUGA